AUGCUCAGCACGUCCCGCGCACAGCGACCUCGCAUCGCAGACAGUAACGAUCUGGACGCGCAACCAUCUACUGGCCAUUGCUCUCCCCAUCGCCAGCGCGUCGCACAGGACACACGAUCGUUUCCACGCCGGUUCCGCACCCAAGUCCCCUCUCACACUCCAUACACUAGACGACCGUCCCGCUCUUGCUGGGUGUAUCAUACGCUGGUUCCCCAUACGGGUGAGUGCUCGCCCAUCUUGCUUCCCGCGCUUUCUGACCGCGAUCGCGCAGCCGCUUCAUCAACCUCUACACAUACGCGCCGUCUAGUGCCUAUCCAUAUUCCCCAUCUCCUCGAUUUAUUGCCAUCUUGGUUAUAUGACCGCCCCACGACUGCACAUCGACACGGCGCCUACCAACGUCGUUGCUGGUCCCUCCUCGGCACCACAACGUCCGUUCUACGGUCCAGUUCACUCGACGAGACGAUACGACCUGAUGACUACGUUCUGGCGCUGCACGACUAUGUUCCGCAGACCUCGAGCGCGACUUGUCUCUCGUUCCGAGCAGGACAGGUGAUACGUGUCUUCAACCGGGAUACCAGCGGCUGGUGGGACGGCGAGCUCGAUGGGCGCAGAGGUUGGUUUCCUAGCAACUACGUGGACGCUAAACCCGCAUCACUGGUGGAGGAGGAUGUUCCCCGCGCCAUGCAUUCGCACAAGAAAUCAACCGCCUCCGUUACUUCCUGGAUGUCCGUCUCGUCUGGCGAUCCCUACGAGUCAUCACUAUCUAAUCCUAUGGGACACAGCGAGAACGACGCAUACUGCCCGCCUAUCAUGAUCCCGCUACUCAACGGCCUGACGCUUCUCCAGAAUGCUGUGCGGGCCAACCGCAUAGCACACUUCCAGCCCUCGACCGCAUGCAUCAUCUCAUGCGUACGAUCCAUCCUAUCUUCCACUGGAACACUGCAGCGGGAAUCGCCCCUCUUGCAGGACUUUCCCGUCCUGGCAGGCGAGCGACGGCGAAUACUGGCCGUUCUGGCAUCCCUCGUCGCGAAGGCGAAGCAGGCAUCGGACCCCGAGAUCGACGAGAACACGCGCGACGACCAGAUAGACGAGAUGAUGCGGCUAAGCGGGCAGGUCUUCGCGCACAUGCGAAGAUACCUUUCCAUUGUUGUGCAUAUCGGCGUCGAUCUUCCCGGGCGGGCCGAUCCCGCAGCAGGCUCACCGAAUGUCGGCGGCGUUCGCAAGCUGCGCGGCGCGCCCUCGUCGGCGGACAACAGCCCAUCGCAGUACGGUCAUGCGCGAAGUGGGUCGGCGGUCGAGACGCCGAGGCGACACUACCACUCUCGGUCGCGGGAUGCCAAUCCUACGCCGAUGAAGCAGGCUGCUCGUGCUCGAAGUACUGGCGAUAUUCGGGCGGUGCGUGUACCACGAGCACCAGAGCCGCCAUUACCUGGCGCUUCAGAGGCGAUGCAAAUGCAGCAGCGCUCGAUCACCGUGCAAAACGGCGAGCCCGUCAACCCCUGGGCGCGGACGCUGCAGGAGGCCAGGCAUAGGCAUGCAACGUCCGUCAGCAGCAACAGCUCUUCGUCGUCUUUCUCCUCUUCUGCCGCUUCCUCCAGCCCCGUACCUUCCUCUAGAGCAGUGUUCCCCACCGGGCCAGCAUCUAUCGUGCAAGUGCUGGACAUCCUCCGUCUUACCCACGACGAGUACCUGUCGACCAUCGCCGCCCUCAUUGGGUAUGCGCACAUGUACACCCGCUCCUCGCACGCAUCCAGUACCGGCCACAUGUACGACCUCGUCCGCGAGAUCGUCGAGAGGUCGUGCAAGCUGCUCACGAUUGUGGAGGCCGUCAUGCAGCACCCAGGUAUCCCGGAAAGCCGCCUGCUCAACCUCAGCGAAGCGAAGGAUGGCCUCUUUGAAGUGACUAGCGCACUCGCUGAAGCAGUACGCGCGCUCAUGGUCGAGCCGUCGCCAAUGGUCUCCGAGGACGCGGAGAAGGAGAACAUGCUGUAUGCGGCUACAGCUGCGUUGAAGGCGGGCUCGGAUUGCGCGGCGUCGAUCAAGAUGUGCUUGACGCGGACUACGGACAACCGGCCGGUCGUCUUCCCGCCGCCUCAAGCGCCGACCUUGCAAGACGAAGAGGAUCAGGAGCAGACCCAGCAAGACGCGAUCACGCCCGUGCGGGAGACGCGGCCCAAGCUAGCGAAGUCCUCGAGCUCGAGCGCGCUUGCGAUGCUCGCGAACGGGAGGGAGGACGACGAGGAUUUGACGAUCCAGGCGCAGACGCCGUCGCCGCUGCGCCUGCGGCAGGUAUCGUCGGGGUCGGAGAGCGCGAGCGCAUCUAGUAGGUCCACUGCAGCAACAUCACAGGAGACGAGCUUGACGUCGCCCGAAGAGGUCAAGGCCAAGCCAGGCGCGCAACUGGCACGCCUCGCGGUGGCGGAGCGCCAUAUCGAGCCCGAUCUGCCGUCACCGAGCUCGAUGGCGACGUCGUUCGCGCCGUCUCUGGCUGCGUCGUUUGCACCAUCGCUGGCGCGGACGGAGACGGGGACGACGUGGGAGGGAAGCAUACGCAGCGGGAAGGAUAUGGAGGACAAGUUGAUCAAUGGCAACCUGUCGAACCUGGACUCGAUACCGGAGCUGCCGGCGGACCCGAUGGCGUAUAUGCUGUCGCACGACUACGACGUCGAUGCGGUGGCGUACAACACGGACGGCCAUCUUGUGGGCGCGACGCUCGAUGUGCUCGUGGAGAAGAUGACGCCGCACGACAGCAUCGUCGACCCGGCUUUUGCGGCGGUGUUCUUCAUGACCUUCCGUUUGUUCUCGUCGCCUGCCGAGCUUUUGCAGGCGCUCAUCGCGCGAUACAAUGUGGUGCCGCCGAGAGGUGUCUCGCACGAGGGCAUCCAGGUCUGGCAGCAGCGCAAAGGCAUUCCUGUCCGUCUGCGCGUUUCGAACUUCAUCAAGAGCUGGGCGGAGACGUACUGGCGCUCCGGCGUCGACGACGCCGUCCUCAACGACCUCGCCGCCUUCACGCAGAACGCGCUCGCCGUCAUGUUCCCCGGCCCUGCGGCGCGCAUCCUCGACCUGCUCGACAUGCGCCGGCGCUCGAUGGACCUCGGCGUGAGCCCCAAGGGCGACCGCAGCCGCGACCCGGGCAUGUCGAUCAACCCGCCCACGCCGCUCGUCGUGCAGCCGUCGGAGAUACCGCGGCCGACGAUGACGAAGACGCUGCUGGCGGCGCUGCGCGCGCGCAACUUCGCGUCGAUCUCCAUAACGGACUUUGACGCGCUGGAGCUGGCGCGGCAGAUGACGAUCAUGGAGUGCAACCUGUACUGCGCGAUCCAGCCGGAGGAGGUGCUGGAGACGGGGCAGGCGGAUGCGAAGCCGGUGAAUGUGAAGGCGAUGUCGAGCUUGAGUACGGUGAUAACGGGGUGGGUGGCGGAGAGUAUUUUGAAUGAGGCGGAUGCGAAGAAGCGGACGGCGUUGGUGAAGUUUUUCAUCAAGUUGGCGGAUCGCUGUACGGCGUUGAACAACUUCAGCACCUCGCGGUCGGUACUGGCCGCGCUUGAUUCGUCGACGAUCGCUCGGUUGCACCAGACCUGGAAUGGUUUACCGCAGAAGAACAAGGUGCAGCUUGAGGCCAUGCGCAAGCUGGCCGACCACUCUCGCAAUUACCGCGAAUACCGCGCCAGACUCAGAAAUACUGCGCCGCCCGCCGUGCCGUUCCUAGGCUUGUACUUGACGGACGUCACCUUCUGCCGAGAGGGUAACCCUUCCCAUCGGGCUUCACCAACGAACCAGUCCAAGCAGCUCAUCAACUUCAACAAGUAUCACAAGCUGGCGAGGAUCGUGCAAGACAUGCAACGAUUCCAGGUUCCGUACAACCUCAAGGAGAUCCCUGAGGUGCACGAGUACCUCAACUUUGUAUUCCAAAAGUCGCGGAGGAACGGUGACUUGCAAGACCUGUACCGGCGAAGUCUUAUGGUCGAGCCGAAGCGGUCCGCCGAUCCUCCGCCACCGACACCCUCGACCGAGGUGAAGCAGCUGUUCCCUUGGACAUCUCGCUCGCAGUCCGCGCAGCCGCAACCCAUUUAAUCUACCCAUUGUUCUCAUCUGUCUGGCAUUGUAUAUUCUGGGACUUGCGGCACUUCAUGUUUCUAUACUGCUCCUCGCACAUUCACUCCUACAUACCUCGGACCGUCGCCUCGCGGUCUACAACUCGCGCCAUCGCAGCGAGCCUCUCCCAUGCAUUGCUCCUCUUCUUUUCCCAUGCAUUAUCAACAUUGGUCCUCCUCUCCUCUCUGUGGCUCGGUUGUGCUUCACUUUUGUUCGUAUUGUCUAGUGUGUGUAUCUUUCUCCGCCUUGCCACUGCAUACCGCCCACUUUCUUUCUCCCUUUUUAUUCGCUUCUGUAACUUCGUCAUUGCUGUGUCGUACUUCUGUAUUCGUGCGCGGGACUACUAAUAAAUGGACACAUCGGAAGCUGUAAUACUGGGCGAUUCAUGUAUAGAGGAUAGACUCACAAUGCUGCUUGGCCGGAGGGAGGCUGCGGUCGUUGAGCUCAAGGAGGUCUUGUAGGUCCAC